AUGAGCAUCUUAGGCUCCAACGCCAUUUCUUUGCCGCCGCCGCCAGUCGUGCUGUUCGGCCAGCCCGGGCCACUGCCAGCGCUCGACGUGGCGGACAGGCUGCGCUACAGGCAAAGGAAUUUGGAGGAGAAGGAGGAGGCCAGCGUAAUUAGAUUCACCAACCGCACACCACGCAAUGUGCGCGCUCUGUGGAUCGACUUCGACGGCAACGAGGUGGCGUACUCUGUGGUCGAGCCCAACCAGCAGCGCCUCUACCGCACAUACGUGUCCCACCCCUGGAUUGUGCGCGAGGUGUCCACGGGGGCACGCAUGGUGCUGAGUGGGGCGGUGGCGGUGGUGGGCAUGGCUGAGGAGCAGUGCGUCGACAUCACAGACCCGCCCAUGCUCGGCUGGGAGCACAAGCGGGCCUCCAAGGCGAUGCUGCUGUUGCACCACCGCCUCGCCACCAUCCAGCCGGCAUCGCACCUGUCCCAGCUGCCGGGAACCGCCACGUCCCCGCCCUGCAGCCCCGCACGCUGCGUCAUGAAGCCCACUCCUAUCGACGCCCUUGCCGCCACCACCACCACGCGGCUGCAGCUGUCGACGGCCCAGACCGACCUCAGCAUCGCCAUCACCACGGACAGCCCGCUAGCCGACUGCUCGCCCUACCGGGCCUCCAGCACGCAGUUGGUGUCGCCGCUGUCGCCGCGCCGCACCAUUAACAUCACCGUCAACGCAACCGGCUCAUCCUUCGGCGUCAACAUCAGCUCCUCUCUGCUGCCCGCGGACGCCAGCGCAGACGCGGAACCGGCACAAUGCAGCCGGGACCAGGAUCAGCGCCCCAGCUCAGCGUCGUCGCUGGCGCCGCUCUCGCCAGCCUCAAGCAGCAAGCACGCGCUGACAAGCGGCUUCAAGUCAGGCCUGUCAACCAUCAUGGGCCUCGUGAGCCCCAGCCGCAGCCGCACGCCGCUCUUGCGCCGCCUGGACGCCGCGGGCUGCAGCAGCACGCCUUUCGGGCUUGCGGCGUCGGGCACCAACCUCGGCUCGCUGCCUGAGCAUUUGGUGUUGCACAUCAUAAAGCUGGCCGCGCCGCCACAGUGGCAGGGUGUCCACCUGCCGCCCUCCGGCCGCCGCGACAUCAAGCCCACCCUCCUGGCCUGCGCACCCAACACCAAGACCCAGAAGGAAGAAGACGAGGACGCCGCCGCGGCUGAUGCCGUCAACGACGCGGCCCGCAACGCAGCAGCAGGCGGCGCCGCAGCAGCAGCGGCUCAGCAGCAGCAGCAGCAGCAGCAGCAGCAGCAGCAGCAGCAGCAACAGGCGCAGCAGCCGUUCAACCUGGCUGCUGCGGCGCUCAACGCGUUCAUCAACGAAGGCUGGAACUUGCUGGGCCCGCUGGGCGCCGCUGCGCUUGGUGAGGCCCCUGGGGCGGGCGUCGGCGGCGCGGCAGUGCUGCCGCUAGGUCCUGGGCACGGCUUCGCUCCCGCUGCAGCCCCAGAGGCCGAUAUGCCAGGCAUGGCCGACAGCGACUCUGAUGUGGAUGAGUAG